CCGACUACGCCAUAAUACAUGGCUACCAAACUAAAGUCUACAUUCCAAGAAUUAAGAAAUAUCACCUUGACAACCAAGGCUACUUUUACACUUUCCAAGAGAAAAUAGGCAACGAAGUUUAUUCCCCUGAAGAAGAAACCUAUUGCAUUGAACAUGCCACGAAGGGAGGAAGAAUAUAUGGACAUACGUUUUUUAGAAUUAUACCGCAUACCGAGUACAUGGAGAAAAAGUUUUUAUUUAACAGAUGGGCCAUGAUCGUUUCGAAUAUAUUCCUCAUCAUUACAGUAGUUUACUAUAUACUUAAAAAGGAAACAAGGAAGGUGUUUGGGAAAACUUUGGUCAGCUUUUGCGGUGCUUUAUUCACCUUGUUUGUGGUUCUUACCUAUUGCACCUUUAAGCCAAAUUUGAACGCUAGAAAGACUCUGACAACUUGCAAAAUUAUUGGCUUCCUUAUCAUAUAUUUAAGCCUAUCUUGUUUUGUGUGGCUCCAAGUAAUGUGCUACGACAUCUACUGGACUUUUGG